AUGUCUUUACCUCCAGGUCCAUCUCCUUCAGAGCAAACCCAAAGUGUGUCUAUCUCAGCAACAACAACAACUGUCAGUGUUGCAACAUCUGUGCCAGUAGUCUCUUCAGUACAAACAUUGUCUCAGCAGUUGUCUCAAACUUUACAUGCCACAGUUCCUCAUGCCGUGCCUCAGCCAACAGCAACGAUAUCUGCCUUUCCUCCGGUCAUGGUACCCCCUUUUCGUGUCCCCCUUCCAGGCAUGCCCAUACCUUUGCCAGGUAACGUAUCUGUUUUUAGCUAUCACAUUGAGUAAAUCCACUUUUGUGUGGCUUUUUACUGCUACGGACAUUAUUUUGUAAUGUGCAUACAAAUAUAGUAAAAUGAGGAUUAGGGUUUUUCUUUGGAUUCAUUGCAUAUUGUAUUUUAAUUCCAUGCUGUGAGUAGUCAUUCUUCAGCUUUAUACUGCAAUUUGUUUCAUACAUAUUUUUUUUUUCUUCUUUUGUGUUCCAUUCUGAGUAACCUUAGUCCUUUCAUGGACAUUGAUAAGUUAUGAACUUUUGCGUGUUGUUUAAAGUGCAUUCUGUUGCAGUUUAUACAACUCAACAAUUCAUCAAAUAGUAUGUGCCUUGGUUUUAAGCAAUAAUCAAAGACAAAAAAUGUGGUCACUCUGCGUAAGCCUAUUAAUGUUGGCAGUCUCUGCUUUGCAGUUUCUGUUGUAAUAAAAAAGGUUUUGUACAACAGUACAUCAAGUAAUAGCAGUGAGAUAUUCUAAGAAGUAUUGUAGUCCUGUGAAGAGUACCUACAACCUUGUAUCAAAGAAUUUUGGCAUAUGUUAAGCUACAUGAAUGCACCAAGAGUCAAAUGCUAGGUUCUCCUUCCGAACGUGACUUAUUAAAUUGUGAUUAUAUGUGCAGUUGUUCCCCAGCGAAGUGUCCAGUGCUCUUGCAUUUACAAAGAGAUUAUACCAUUAGUUCUCAUUAACAAGUGUCUUUACCAAUUGGAUUAACACUAUCUGCCCACUAUAAAUUGCUUACUCUAACAACAUUCCCUUCUUUUUGUGCAGAAUAUAAUUUAAAGCAUUUUACAGUAAUAGUUUCCCGAGCUAAUGUUACAUUUUAAGAAUAGGUUGUCAGCUAAACCCAUAAUAUUGGAGACACCAUUUAAACUAACAUAGCAUUUAAAUUUGUCAGGGAUAAAUAUCCACUCUUCCUUGGCGAGUGAAAAUUUAGCCCUGGAAGGUAUACUCAUCUUAAAUACAUUUGACCUCUUUUUUAACCUGUCUUGGUUGCAAAGCAUUCUAGGAAGAAUGAAUAAUUGAACUGGAACGGGUUAAAAAGUGCACAUAUAUAUUUAACUCCUUUUUAAAAUCAGAAGAAGAAAAAAUAAACUAAAUUUGCAUGUAAUUCAUUGCUGAGACAGACUACUUACUUUGAGAUAAUCCAUUAUAAUCUCAGUAAAAUCCAAUCCAGUGCUUUGGUUGGGAACUUGACACAUGUACGGCAGUCACUUAAUUCCACUAAGCCAGUGCUUCUUACCUAGCUGCAUGUAAUCCUGUACUUCUCUAUGAGAAGUAUUAAUGGCAUUCACUGACAUACUGUGCGUGAUAAGUUCAAUUUGAGGAGAUAUCUCUAAUGACUAUCACAGCAUGAUGAUGCCAAAUGCAGCUAUGGGAGAAGCAUUUCAUUUAAAGCUUAUCUAUGAAAAGGAUCUGAUUGGCACAGUGUGUUCCCUAUACUUCUCUAUGAGAAACGUUGGAUUAAAGUGGUUGCAGAAAUGAGACUGUCCAAAGGCUGUCCUAAAGCUAGACUGUCAGGAUACUUGCAAUUGUUAAUAUCUCAAACACUGAUCAAAAUGAAUCUGCCUACACCUGUUCAACAAAUAUCCAAUUUAGAACUUAACAUGAACUGACUAUGAAAGUGGCAUAGCUGUUUGAAAACCAAAAUGGAAGUUUGGUACGUGUUGUACUCCUGCCAGCCAGAGUAAUUAUUCCUAUAACACUUCCAGUAAGCUUGUUGCUGACGGGAAUCUUAAUUUUGUCUGGUAGGAGUAUAAUUAUGGUACCAUUAUGUCAGAUUAAAUGCAACUUGCAGUACAGUACACAAUUUCCCCAGUGAAAGCAGACAUCUGAUGGCAGCUUUUAAACAUGUUUGCAUAUCCAUUUUACAGGUGUAGCAAUGAUGCAAAUAGUCAGCUGCCCGUAUGUAAAGACAGUCACCACCACCAAAACCGGUAACUUUUUAUACCAUUUCUAGAUGUUUUUUGUUUGACAGUUGGCAUGGUGGCGAAUGGUGUAGUUUUAUUUGAUUUUUUACUAUUUUUUUUGGUAUUCAUUUUUUUUUUUUUUUUUUUUUUGCAGCCACAUGUUCUUAGUUUAAUCCUGAUAUCUUUGUUCCAUAGCAGUUUUUUCUUUUUUGUGUGUAAAUGUUCGUGACAAUUAGAUGGUAGACACUUUUCCUUAAUGCUAGAUUUUGUUCCCAAAUUUCUUUUGAACCUACCUUUCCUGCAUGCUAGUGUGUAUGUGCUUGCAUUGUGGUUCUAAGCAUUGUUUAACUGCUUGAUUUUCAGUUCCAGGAUACCAAACAAACCUCCCAUUUAUUAGGGGGAAUGUACUAGUAGGACAUGACACACAAAUGAUUUGGAAAACACUACUUUUUUUUUUUUUUUUUUUCUCAAAUUCUUUUAUACAUGUAAGUCUUUUAGUCUCAUUCCUAAGAGAGUAAAAUAGAGCCCAGACCAUUCUUACACCUAAAUUCGGUUUAAAAUGAAUGGCUUUCAACUUUUCAGACCAGUACUUGUUAAAUCGGCUUUGUCACCCUCCCCGCCAUCCCCAAUUCUUAUGAAUACUUACAUUUACUGUGUUGGAGUUUCACUGAUAUUCCAACGCAGUUAAGAUUUGAUAAAACAAACUAGGUACUACUUUUGUCUUGUGCAUUUUUCCUAAAUCUGAAAAAACUAGACAAAAAGCACAAAUACCGCCAUCAAGUUUUGUAAUUUCCCCUAUCACGAGUGACGGCUGCGAGAUGGAAAAAAAAAAUCAUGUCUGUUAAAGCUCCCGUGGUCUCACAUACAUGAGAGUCCAGCACUGACAUAGGGUCCUGGCAGAUAAAGUGCCAGGAGCUGGACAGGGUCUACCGUAUGGUGAUGGCAGCUGCCCCCAUGAAACUCUUCAGGUAAGUAAAACUUCCUUUCCUGUCCACCGCACCACUGAGGGCAUAGUUAUCAUUGUGUGUCUUCAAAAUAUGCAAUAACACCAGAAGGUGACAGAGCCUCUUUCAUAUUUUUCCCCCAAAAAGUCAAAUGUUUGCAAGUAAUUUUUUUUUAAUUUUUUUUUUGUCUUACUUCCCCUCUCUAUUAAACUUUAUUCUUACUACGUUGGUAAAUUCCUUCAUGAUGUGUUUUAAAUUGUUUCUGAAAACGUUUCAUACAUUUACACUUCUUUAUAAAUAUAUGCCAUUUUUUUCCUUUUCAGCCAAUAAACUACUUCCUCCGGGUUUACCUUUAAAAACUAUUUUUUUGCGAGUUAUCCAGCACUUUAUUCUUGAAUCUUUAGAACCUUAUAUAUUUAGUUUGAAUUCAGUGUCAUUUUGUUUCUAUGCAAAUUCCAUUGGGUGGCACACUUUUAAUUGUCCUGCACACACAGAGUGUGUAGUGUGGAGGCUGAUUUUGUUCAGAGUAGUGAUUAAGCAUUUUCAUGAAACUGAUUUUACGUACAAUGCAACUUUUUUGGUGCAUGUUUAUUAAUAAAAUGCACCUUUCUAAUGCAUUGGCAUGCACUGUAUUUCUAAAAUGGUAUUUCUAUAAAUAUUUUCAUCCAACGGAUCAAAUAUAGAAUUCUGCUCUGCAUUGCUGUACUGCAUGUUACCAUAACCCAUUUAAGCUAACUGAGACCCCUCAUAAAUCUUCUUAACAUGUCUAUAGGUGUCUUGCCUGGCAUUGCUCCUCCGCUUGUACCAAUGAUUCAUCCCCAAGUUGCUCUAGCUGCCUCUCCUGCAACCUUAGCAGGAGCAACGAUAGUGUCUGAAUGGUCAGAGUAUAAAACAGCGGAUGGCAAGACAUAUUAUUACAAUAACAGAACCUUGGAAUCUACAUGGGAAAAGCCUCAGGAACUAAAAGAAAAGGGUAUGUUUUUUUGGGGGGGAAGUUUCUAAUUUGUUUAGUUGUAUUCCAUUUAUUUUUUUGUUUUUUAAAUUCAACAAACUUAAUGAAGAAACAAAAAGCCACAGUAUUCUAAUCAGUCACAAACAUCUCACAGAGGUCUAGAUUUAAUUUGAUUGGAUAAGCUUUUCAAACAUCUUAAUAUUUAUGUAUAAACUUUUAAAAUUAUUAUUAUUUUUUUUUAAAGAAAAUGGUAGAUCCCUAGAUGCUUUAGCUCUACAAUUCCAAUGAUGCUUUGCAUGUCUUUAGAAUGACAGAAUAUAUUGGAAGCUGUUGUUUUAAAAUCUGAUUAUAGUCAGUGUGCAAGGACAAGUGAAGACAAAAAAAUAUAUAUAUAUAUACACACAAGACUUAAAAAAUAAAUAAAACUGAGUUCCUGUGCUACUAUCCAGUCCUUAAUAGGUACUCGCCACUGCAAAUCAUAGUAUGCUCAGCAUAAGUGAACUUCUUCACGCCAGGGCUAAGGUUUCCCUUGCCAUUAGCUACAAGACAUGUGGUAUAUAAUACACUUACACAUAUAUAGUAGUAGAAAUUUUAGCCAUAUUAGUCUAGUGAUGUAGUGUGUUCCUAGUUGUAUUUCAGUGAGUUUGAGAGUGGGUGGCUUGUUUUGGAUGAGUGGAUGUAAGUGGGUAGUUUUAGGUGAAUGUUUGCUUAGUUUUGUAAGACGAUUUGUUUUUUGUGUGUGUUUUAAUGUGUUUUAGGGACAUGCGUGGUAAGGGCACGUUUAUACUUAUUGAACUUUAGUCAUCUUGCAAAUGUUUUAAUUUGCAGUAGAAAAAGAAGUUGAAAAGGUAAAGGAGCUAACUAAGCCAGAACCAGUUGUUGAGGAACCCCAGCCCAUGGAAUCAGAAGAAGAGGUGCCAAAAGACGAACCUCCCAAAGAGAUAAAGGAGGUAAAAACCAGCAAACUAAUAACAUGGUAUUGUCUUCUUUUAACGUUUUGUUUUUUAUUUUUGGGAGGGUGGGAGGGGUUGAGGAGGAGGAGGUGGUGGUAUGAUUUAGUGUGCUGGAUGUCAGUCGUAAUCAGAGCUAAUGUUUAAGUGCAGCCAUCUCUGCAAUUGAAUCAUGAAGCUGCAUUUAUUUCUUUUGUACUAAGAUUGGUCACUCUUGGCACAGUGAAUAGGAGUAUCCCGCAGCUUGGGUACUCAGAAUUUGAUCAUCUACGCCAUCAUAGUUUAAUUUAAUUUUACUCUUUACACCCCAAUGUUAUCAAGGCUUAUUUUACCUGAUGCCAGAGGUAAAGAGGGGAAACUAUUGCUAGUCUAUUCUCAUAUUUGCAUGUUAUGGUCAAUGACCAUGGUUUGGAAAUCAUAACAGGCAGCUCCAAUUUAUAAAAUGCAAAAGAAUAAUAAGCGCUCUCUUCUCAGGGGUGAGCAGCAGUUCACCAACAAGGUGUUCCUCUACCUUGUGAUAAAUGGACAGAUAAAAUAGAAAGGUGAACAGCGCUAAAAAUCAGAAAAUGUACAUACGUUUUGUAGAAAUACUGGCCAGCAGAGUAGCUUAAAAAAAAGAGAAACCAAAAUACAAAUAAUGGUACAGUAUGUAUGAACGAUAUAAUUCCACAAGAACAAAGGUGUUAUAUUCUCAUUUACACUUUGAGGAGCUAUAUCAGCUCGGUGUUAAGAGCCUGGACGGAAUAAUCCCCGUCUAUGGAUUUCUUGAGGUUCAAGACCGUUGGUGAAUUUAUAGGUGUAAAUAUUCGUUACAUGAAAAACAAGAGUAAAAUACACCACAUGGUAUAGUACGUAAAUAUAAAAUAUUGUGAAAAAAAAGUGGAUGAUCCUACUUACAUAUACUAGAGCAACGACCUGCUCUAGUUUGGAGAAUUUCAGGUGGAAUAAUCCCCACCUUGGGAUAUCGUGGACCCAGGUAUAGCAGCAAAGCAGUAUUGGAUAGGAAGGAGGACAAAAGGAGUGACUGGAUAGUUUAAAAAAUAUAUAUACUUUAAUACAAUAAGUGAAAAGUGAAUAAUAAACUAUAAAACCAGUCCUGUAUAAAAGUCCAAAAUUCUUCCUCACUUGACGCGUUUCGCCGAAGCUUUUGAGAUUAUUCCGUCCAGGCUCUUAACACCGAGCUGAUAUAGCUCCUCAAAGUGUGAGUGUGAAUAUAACACCUUUGUUCUUGUGGAAUUAUAUCGUUCAUACAUACUGUACCAUUAUUUGUAUUUUGGUUUCUCUUUUUUUUAAGCUACUCUGCUGGCCAGUAUUUCUACAAAACGUAUGUACAUUUUCUGAUUUUUAGCGCUGUUCAACUUUCUAUUUUACAGCUCCAAUUUAUAACAUUGGGGAUACUUCACGUAGCAGCUAGCCUUUUAUGUGAAAGCCUUCUGAUAUAUACUAACAAGCAUUGUAAAUAUAUAUGCAUGCCAGCUUUUAAGCUUCUUCAGAUCUAGUUGUGUGUGCAUAUUCAAAACUUACUGUUGCAUCAUUUACAUAUCUCUGGUAGAAAAAGUGGUACCAUUUCAACCUUGAGCACAGAUUCCUGUGAGAAAGGAAAAUCAGAAACUUUUUUUGUGUGGCUAUUUUACAUGUGCCUAGUGUAAGUACUAAUAAAGAAUUUCUAUUUUACACCUGGUGAACGCUGUCGUAGCUUGCUUUCGUUAAUCCGAUUUGAGGACAGCAAUUCCAGGAAUUUGUUUCCACAAUUUUCACAGAAUUCCAGAUCGACAUGUAACUCUUCCAUACUUUAUUUUGUGUUUCUGCAGGCACCUUUAGCAGUGGAGCACUGUUUUAAACACCGCUUUUUAAAACAAAGCAUGUUUUUUUUUUUUUCUCCAAAAUGAUCAAUGAUCCCUGGGUCCCUCAGUAAAUUUAGAAUUAGUUUGAAACAGUGGGGAGAUUUAGUGUUUUCUCCACAUAUUAUUUAGUGUAAGUAUCUAUAUAAAAACGCACUUUAUUCUAGUAUUCAACAUAGUGCCUGCGUUUUCUGUCAGAACUACAUCACAACCUGCUUUUUCUCACAAUGAGCAUUGACUACCUAACCUACUUUAGUAUGUCACAUAGGGAACUAGAAGUGCAAUCUCUGAAACUUUAAGUGAAAUAUCUCUCUAUCUUUGCUUGCAGUUCGGUUAGUACAUUGUUGGGGUGUUUGACAGACCUCUUGUAUUACUAUAAGACCAUCUGUAAUCACUGUACCUUAGUUGCCCAGUGGGAAGAAAAUAUUGCUGCUUUUCAACUAUAUGUGAACUAUUUUUUUCCUUUUGUUGUUUUAAGCAGAUUAUAAAUAAAAUGAAACGGGUACUCUAAGCACCAGUACAACUUAAGUUUAAGUGGUUUUGGUGUAUAGAUUAUUCCCAUGUAGUUUUAUUGGUCAAUUUUCUGCCAUUUUGUUAAAUUACUUUGUUAAUGCAGCUCUAGCCACACCUCCACUCAGAUUCACACAGCCUCCCUACACACUGCUCUAUAUGUAGUGUGUAGAAAUUCAAUUUCAGUGUUCAAUAUACUAAUUUCCUGCUGUCAAAUAUUUUUUUUAUUUAUUUAUUCCCUGCUCACAAGCAUGAGUGGGUCGAAGUGGACAUGAAAAAUAAACAGACAUUGCAGUACAAUCUUGGCAUACAUAGUAUAUUGUGUUCUGUUGUGCGUGGGCUUUGCUUGAGAGUAGGGUUUUUGUUGUUGUUUUUUUGGGGGGGGGUUUGUGUCUUGGUCUAUUUUGAGUGGUGAUACAUGGAGUCAGAUCAGUGAAGUUCUAUUGUGUGCUUGUCGUUAAGCGCUUGGGCUACUAUAAAGAAUGUUGGGUAGUAAAGGUUCUUCGCUUGAUGUCCCCUGCUCACGGAUGUAUGUUUAGGUUGCGUCAUAGUUGGUCCCUAAGCUAUGGUUGUGGCUAUAUAGGUAGCCUGGUGUACUCUUAGGCUCUGUGUAAUGUCAUAAUGCAUCCGUGUUCCCUGUUUGUCCUGGUGUUGGCUUCCCUUGUCUUGGAGGUGUUGGGGGAGUGUAAGGAGGGAGGGAAACUCCUGGUGGGUGCUGAGUGAACUUCAAAUUGCAGGUGUAAGCGUAGUGCAUGGAGUGGUGGCUGGUGGGCCGAGAGUCUCGAAAUAUGUGGCAUUGCUUGUACUCGGGUGGGUCAAGUGGGUUCAGCGUCAAAUGAGGGCAGGUAUGAGUUCGGUGGCUGACUGAUACACGCGGUUGCUGACCAAUAGAUUUAGGAAAGAAAAAAAAUGAAGCACUUCAAACAUCAGCUGGUGUAAUGUCCUUUCUAGGAGAGGAAGUGUCUCGGUACGGGUGUUUGGCCUUCACGUGGUGACAGCCGCGUACGCUGUUUUCCCUGCUCCCUGUGGGAUGAAGAGAACGAUCCUCGCUGGGUCCCAUCUUGGUUUAGCUGCGGGUGGUACUGGUGCGGCAACGGACUGCAACCCGUCCGGUGGCAGUCUGAGGGGGCGCAGGAGGGCGGUUGCUUCUCGGAGGUCCUAGAUAGAGUGGACCUGGUUGUCAUGCUUUAAUUUUCAAUAAUAUGUAACUUACUUUAAAAUGUUUUACCUCUUGCUUUAAAAUUGAACUCUAAUUACACACAGGAAACUCCUGCCGGGUCCAGCAAACUAUUAACAGAGCAGGAGAUAAGAAAUUCUAAAUUAAACAGAAUUUGUAAUAAAGGAAGUAUAAACAUAGAUGACUCUCUUUACAGGAAGUGUAAGUCACGUGUAGGGAGGUGUGACUAAGAUUGCAUAAACAAAGUGAUUUAACUCCUAAAUGGCAGAUAAUUGAGCAGUGAUACUGUAGGGGCAUGAUCAAUACACCACAACUACUUCAUUAGGCUAAAGUUGUUUUGGUGACUAUAGUGUCUGUUUAAAACUUUAGUUAUGCUUUCAAGUUAUAAUAUUAUGUACUCCUUAUUCUUUUGGCCUUGUAAAGUUUGGUCCCUUUUAGUCUAAUGCAGUUAUUCCCACAUUUUAAUAGUGCCAUUGGCUUAAGCAUAAGACCAUGGGACUAGAAUCAAGACUAAUGAUGUGACUGUCCCCCUAAAUCUCUAGAAGGUAACACUGGGUUCUCAUAACAUAACCACUGUUUUGAUGUCAUGUGUUUUUACUGAAAUGUAAAUUUGCAUAUCUAAACUUCACUGCUGUGUUUUGCAGGAACCAAAAGAAGAGGAGAUGACGGAGGAAGAAAAGGCUGCUCAAAAAGCCCGGCCUGUAGCUACGACCCCCAUUCCUGGCACUCCAUGGUACUUAUGAUCCCAAAGCCUGUUUUCUUGCCAAUGUUUGCAGGGACUUUUGUGUUAGUCCUGGAUUUUGCAUCUUCUACAGGCAAGAGCUUUAACUUUCAUACCAUAUUUGCUUUUGUUUGGUAAGGAGCUUGUUAUGUGCUGGGCUAUAACCCCUUUUCUCACAAAUGAGGAAUCCUUCAUGGCCUUUAGGGAGUAAGUAUACAUGUCAUUUAUUACCAGUGGAAUGUCCAUAAACCUUAAACCUGUUCUACUUGGUGAAAUAAACUACACAAAUAUAUUGGCUGUUAAGGCAGCAAAGGCAUUCAACCAGUACCCGUUUCUUUUUACAUCACUUGACUGAAAGACUAGAAUUAAUGUCUCAUUAAAUAUGAAUGAAUGAGCUCACCUUUGACAUAGUUAAAAAUCAUUUUUAUGCUAUGUUUGGAUAUUUACAAGUUAAAAUAACCAUGGUUGUAUUAACUCACUCAUUUCAUCCAGCAGAGUAGAUGGAAUAUCACCUUUUAAUAGUUAAAUAAAGUGAGGUGGAAAAGUUAUGGUUUUAAUCUGUUUUUGAUUGAACAAUCACGAUUCAGUUUCUUUUUUUUUUUCUUCAAUUACUGACAAUUUUGGAAAGGGGACACAUGGUUUUCUGAAUGUUUUAGUGAUGUUAAACACGGUGGUUUCUUAUUGUGUGCACUGAUUGGUUCAUGCUCCUACAGUCUCUCUGAGACUAUGGAUGUAAUAAUUGCUUUUCCAUUUUUAGGUGUGUUGUAUGGACUGGAGAUGAGCGUGUGUUUUUCUACAAUCCUACUACACGUCUAUCAAUGUGGGAUAGACCAGAAGACCUGAUUGGUAGAGCUGAUGUGGACAAGAUCAUCCAGGAACCUCCACAUAAAAGGGGACUGGAAGAUGGCAAGAAAUAUUGUGAGUUUGAAAAGAAAAGUUAAAACAUUAGUUACUGGAUUCAUAAUCAAACCUGUUCUAAAGUCUCUAGUUCUCUCAUGAGUUAAUGAAAUUAUAAGUUAAAUGGGUACUCUAAACCAUGCUCCAUAAGGACAACAAUGAUCUGUAUUGGUUGUGGUGCACUGUUCUUCCUCCUUAUGACUUCCUGCCCAAAAAGUACGUUACUAGAGAAAAGGAUUUGGGUAACAUAAACAAAUAUAAUGAACAUGUUACUUGUGGAAACGUUAUAAUCUAUAGUGUACAGUUUAAAGUUGUUUUUUUUUUUCAUCAAUAUAAAAUAUUAAGUACCCCAAGGAUCCUAUAUAUAUCCUGUAUUUGUGUGAAGGGUUGCAGAUACACAGGGCUCCUCUGCCUCUGAGCCGAUACUGCCUGGUUCAGCCCACCCACAUUUUUCCCUUUGUGUCCAGCCACCCAAAGGUGUACCCAGGACACGUCGGCUACCUGUAGGUGUCACUGUUUACUUGGAAUUACCUUUCCCAGUUUUCAUCUGACUCCUGUCACCCCUUAGUAUGGGUCCUUGAAGCCUUUUUUACUGGAAAGUGAUAGUAUCUUCUUUUGGAAAAAUAGCUUUGCAGGUCUAUAUUUGGAUAUUUGGGCUUUGGAACUGGUUACGUCAGGAGAAAUUUCAUUGUUUCCCAACAACUCUUACUUGGCCAUCUACAGACAGUUUUGGGGAUUUGAUUAACCCCUUAAGGACCAAGCUUCUGGAAUAAAAGGGAAUCAUGACAUGUCACACGUCAUGUGUCCUUAAGGGGUUAGAGUUAUAUCAAUGUUCUAGAUACUCUUUAUUAUGUAUUAAAUAAAGCACAUUUUUAUUUGAGAUGAAUAAUUAGUAUCCUUCUUCACAGUGAAAUAUCUGAUUUGUCUCAGCAUGUGAAUGGGAAUUAAUCAUAAGAACUCAUCUAAAUGUUUGCCUAUAGUUUUGCGUUAAAUUUUUACAUCUUUGAAGUCAAGAUAGCACACAGUAAAUGUUUCAUUCUUUUCUCUAUAACUCCAUGAUAAGACAUUAUGCAAUCUUAAUUAUUUAUUCUCGCAAACAGUUGAUGGAUAUGCCAUACUUGGUAACCAUGUAAAUUAUAAUCUAGGUGUCCAAUGACUUGUAAUGAAAGCCCUGGUGCAGUCAGUAUUUGUUGUCUAAAAAACAUCACUCUCUAAAAUCACUACAGAUCUUGAAACUUUUGUUAAGAUUCCAAACUCAUUUUAACUUUAUUUUUUGUCCCUUAAGUCAGUACAGGUUAAUGAUACUCUGUUUACAGAGAAUAGUAACAACCUUGCUCCAGGAUGUCUUUUCCAUGUAUAUAUAUAUUUGUUCUAUUUCUUAAUUAACAUUGUCCUUCUCUGACUCCCUAGGGGUUAUUUAAUGAGUGGUGAUUGUGUUUCAAUAUUUAAUUAGUGUAUAAAGAAUUAUAACUCUUUUUUUUUUUUUUUUUUUCUGUUACUCUUGUGGCCGUAUUUAAUCUAAUUUUAAAUGGCAUACUAGGAUUGAAAUUGAACAUGAAGUGACAUGAUAUAUAUUCAGUGCAUACAUUUUUUUUUCACGUUUAUUUUAAUUUUCCUUAUUUUCUCAGUCAAAGAAGAUCCUGAAUCUCCAGAAGACCCCAACGAUGAUGAGCCAAUAAAAGCAAAAAAGAGAAAGUAAGUUCUCUAACAGCCAAAGCAAUAAAUACUAGUCGUGUAAGCUAGAACAUAAACAGGGACACACAUUGGACGAGUGUUUGGGACAUGUGUCUAAGGCUUCUCUGGGCAAAAAUUCUAAAUAUGGUAAAACUAGAAAAAUCCAGUUGUGAAUUUGCUUUCAGAAUUGCUUGUUCUACAUAAAACGCUUGGUCAGCAGUAGAAGUGUGUAUACAGGCAAAAAAUCCUCCAGAAACCUGUAUUCCUAUCAAUGGCAUAACCAUAUAUUUGCAGCAGUGCACAAUGGCAUAAUGGGGGUUUGCACUCGAAUUUAACAUUCAUGUGUGCAUUAAUCUCCUAUGGAUGGUCUACAAGUACAGAAUAUAAUCUCAAUUAUUGUUUGGGUUUCUUUUUUUUUUUUUGACAAUCAUUAUUGAAAUAAGACUUUUCAUAUACUUCUAAAAUAAAAUGAUAAAAUUUACAAUACCAGGAAACACUUUAAGGCAGCUCGUGUGGAUUUUCUUGACAUUUUCACAUUGUCGAGCGGCUAGUCUGAGUAGUCAUAACUCAUUAGAAUUGAGUAACUGAACACAGUAUAUAUCAUAAAGCGUGUAAAUUCUAAAAAUGAAUAUGCAACACCAUGAAACCUUGUGGAACUAUUCAUUUGAUCUAAAAUUCAGGGACAGUUACGUCAGGUGGUCUAAUAGAGUAAAAUUACAAGAGAAGAAUAAAGGAAAGUAGGGGGAUGGGAGGGCCAGGGUUUCAGACACCUUCUCCAGGAACCAGUCCAAUAAAUCAGGGUCUUAGACAUAAUUUCGAGCCAAGGCCCCCACUCUAGAACACACUUUUUAGAUCUUCUUUCAAGACUCAAUCUACUAAUGUUGUCCACCCUGGCCUGCCACUGCUAGAGUGUAGGCACCACUUGUUUCCAGUAAAUUGGAAUUGAGUGCCUUUAUGUAAUUUAAUAGGUGUCUAGUAAUACUCUUUUUGUAUUUAGAAAGGGAGACUGGCGUAUGAGCACAUACUCUCUGGUGUAAACAGAGUUGAUUCUCCAGUAACUUUAGUCCGUUCCUCUUGGAUCUUUUCCCAGUAGGGAGCUAUCAAUGGGAAUUUUGGGGCGAACUUGUAAAUCUAUUCAGGAGUUUGGUGUCAUCUGGAGAUUAGCUUAAAGCUUGUUUCUUGGUUUUUAUAGUCUAACAAUGACUAAUAGGCCAGAAAGGGAACAUUGUCUCCUGCUUCCCAGAGAAAUAUUUCCUUAAUUUCUCCUCCUACAUAGCCGUGAACCAUAAGGCAGUAUUCUAAGCCAGUUGGGUCCCUAUGAAGUUUAUGUUUUGGGGACAAUGAAUUUUGAAAGGUGUUGCAACUGAUGAAAUCUAAAGCAAGCAAGGAUGACUCCCAUCAUCAAGAGUCUGGAACAACGUCAGAACUUCUACUAAGCACACGUCUUGGAAUCUGGGUUCCUCCCCUCCCAAUUCACUAAUAGUAAUCCAUGUUCAGCUUUUCAUGGUUAUGUACUAAGGGCAAUAAGGGGCCAGGCGUAGUGGUAAGUCCUGGUCUGUUACAUCACUGGUGACUUCCAAAUCUUCCAAAACCGAUUUAAUUUAGCUUUAAAUGUGUCUUGAGAGAGAGAGAGGGAAUGCAAUGCUGGGAUACAACAGUAAGUGGUCAUACUUCAUAGCUGUCCUUAUUCUGGCAGAAGUCAAUUGUCAGCACCUCCUGGAUAGUCAAAAUAAAUUCUGUCCUGUAAUAGAACUUGUUCUAAUAGGACUAAAUGAACGAAAAGCCCUGACCACAGAAUACCAGAUUUAAAACUUAACCUUUUAUUAUGUAUAUAUGUUAAGAGUGGAGGAAUAGAUGCAUGAUAAACAGCAUAUAGAUCAAUUAGUGAAUCUCUGCCAAGAGUCUAGUGAGUGAAAGGAACUCUGGACAGAGAAAUAUAUAGAAAAUAAACAGAUUAAGAUCCUGUGCACCACAAAGUGUUGAUAAAUGAGGGGGGAAAAAAAUAAUAAAAACCAAAAAGAUUUUAACCAAAUAAAGUAUGUACACUGGUGUCAGAAUGCAAUUCUAAUCGUAGGUGAGACAGAGUCCCAGUAACCAAAUCGUAUAGACUUAAUCAAAGUGCAGCUGUGGCUCUGAAUCACCAAAUAAUACUAUUGUUCUAAGAGGAGAUAUAUGUAUAGUCCAUGCCCCCUGGGUACGCCAGCAGUCAGCCAGCCCAGCCUCUCACAGGAGCGACAAAUCUUGGGCUCAAGGUGGGACAGGUAGCUUCUUAGCUCUCUGGAUGUAUCUAGCUGGGGUUCAAGUGGAACACUAAUGUUCCCCUCUAAAACAUCCCUUUCCAACCGGGAGAGGACUGACUCGAGGAACCUGUCCUGGUUCGAAUUGGGGGAGUAAACAAAGCCAAUAGUAUAUAUUUAAGAGGCCAGGGUGCCUUUAAGAAAAAAGAAUGUCUCCCUCGUCCACUAUUGAAGCGGAGAACUCAGACUGGGUAUAUUUAGAAAACAGUAUUGAUACUCCACCUGUUUUUGAUAGAGGAUAGUUUGUAUAAUAAUCUCUAGUUGCCUUGUACUAAUCUAGGGGCCACGUUUGCACAGAAAUUUGUUCCCUGCGAUAUAGCUCUUUUAGUAGUCAAAAUCUGCAUUCUGGCUCUCGCACAUUAUGUGAGCAGAAGACCAAUGGGGUCAGUUUGUAAUUUCCUGAAGGGGUUAUGAUCAGUAGUUCGAAAUAGGUUAAGAAUGGGGAAGAAAGAAAAAAAAAAAAAACACAAAAAAAAGCCUCACAGAGUACCAAGUGAGCCAAAAAAGUGUCUUUUAAGGUUAAUUCUCCAAUGGUUCGGCUGAAGGUGGGCGUGAAAUUUACCCUCCCCCUCCACUCUGUCCGCCAAUCUAAGGAGCACGCCCACAAGCUGCCCCCACCACUAGUGAUGUAGACAUGAGGGAUGAUACUGGGUCGUGAUAGGUGAAUUGCGAAAAGGAGAGACUGGGUCCCCUUUUUAAAAUCGGAGAUGCUUCAUUCCAUAUGUUUCCCCACUGGCGAAGGUGCUAUUAGAGCACCGAAACGCGCGUCGGUUUUUCUGAUUUUAUUUUCAUUUAGCACUAUGCACUAAAUUUUUACGAUUCACACUUUUAUUUUGGUGGCUGUGGGGAUUGAAAAGGGUUGCUGAGGGACCUUCUCUCUUGGCUUGUGUAUCUUACUAAGGGAACUAUAAGUGAGAAUUUUCGGUGCCUUUGAAGGUGCAAUCAGAUGUAGCAGUGGGGGCUUUUCAUUGAAUGGGCAUCAGAUCACAUAUCCUUAGAGGCCUUCAUGAAUUUCCACCUCAUUUACCUCGGAAUAGUGAUUUCCCACACUUUUUCCCAAUGUAAUUAAUAUAGUUUACUACUUUAUAUUGUACCCUAUUUAGCAUCCCCAGUUAGGGUGUCUGGUUUUUGGCAAAAUAACUGUUUAGUGGAUCUCCCGCUUAAGGCUUUUUCCUAUUAGAGACUAGAUCCUACAUCAUUAUUAAGAGAGAGCAUUAUCCUUAUACUAGGAUCAAUAGUGUGGGAAUAUUGUCUCUUUGCAUACACAGAGACUUGAUGGAUCCUUUGUAACUAUCACAGCCACUCUGAUUUUAUUAGCUAACAGGAACACUCUUCUGUUUCAGUUUCUUUUUGGCGUAACUAUGAAUAAAAUGUAUAAACCACUGACUUUGUAACUGAAGCAGGAUUUUCCUGUUGCUAUAUUGUUUGCAUUUCCCCACAUCGAACUGCUGUCAGAACAUUAAAGGGUUGUCCAAAAUUCCAUCUAAAUACCAAAUUGGAGAUCUCCCUUAUAGGGAUUUAUCUAAAACUUUAUUUGAAUUUAGUUUGAAAAGGGUUAAUCUCAAGGUGGACUUGGUACCACCUGUACUGACUACCCCUUUCCAGAAAACGGUUGACCAUUGACUUUUUAAAUUCUCCAACACCAUGGGAAAAAUGGAGGUUAAAAAAAAAAAAAAACUAAUUGGAGGUAGGAAGUGAAGACCUCAGGUACUCGGGUCCUGGGGAGAAAAGGUAACUGCCGCUGAUCCAGACAUGCCAAAGACAAGAUUUAAGACUUCAAUGACCGUAAUUAGAUUGGAGUAAAAAACCCUCAAUAGCCCUUGGUUAAGCCCUAAGAAAAAGUACAGUGAUUACUUUGUUUUAUUGUAAAUUACAAUGCAGACAAGUAAACAAAUAAUUAUUUAUAAAACUAACUGAUAAAGAAAUAUUACACCCCCACCUGCUCCCCUGCAGAAACUACUCCCUACUAACCUCUCCAUAUAUUGGUUCAAAUCAAACCUGGAUAUAAGUCCACUUCUUCCUGGCAUUGGUGCUGUCUAGGGGAUUAUUAACUUGUAGUCCUUCAGAAUUAGUUGGUGUUUACCCCAGUAAGUACAAUAAGGAAAACAAUAUAGUAUAGAACAGACCUUCAAGUAAAUUGCUUUGUUAGUAUACCUCCGACUUCCUCAACCCCUCAUUCCCCAACAUAGGGGUUCAUUCUUCUGGAACUGGUGGGUUGAGGUGAGGAAGUUGAUUUGGCACAUCUGCUCCAUUCACUUUUAGGGGGGCUUCGAGGCACUGGGGCAGGUUAAUUGUGUCAAUGCAGCCAUCAUAAUUUGAUCUUUUGAGGUGAAAAGAAUGUAUAGAGCAAAUAAUGUCCCUGUGGAAUCCGUCAUCUCUAGAAGGACUAAGUGCCUUGUCCAUAGCAAUCAAGACUGGCAUAUUAUUACCCAGAAUCUGGCUAUACUGGGCCUCUAGAGCAAUAGGGAGUGGCUAUCCUAUGUGCACGUCCAGGAGCCGCCUAAUGCAGAUAAUAUUUCUUUGACCACCAUUGUCAAGGUCCUCUAAUUGCCUUCAGAACUCAAGUAACAUAGCACCGUGUAUUGUAAAGACUGUCUGCUGUUGCUUCCACUAGCUGUACACGAAUCAUGAGGCUGUCUAAAUCAGCUUGUAAUUUCUGUAUUUAAGGCCAAAGGGCCUUUGAUUUCUGCCAACAGCAAAGCGGUAUUUUCCCUCUUAAGCAGUGUCUGAAAUGGCUUUUAGUUCCCUCCAGAAAGCAAAAGCUCCAUGCUAGGCGGCUGCGUUUCCUGUGAGGAAAGUCAGUAGAUAUGAUGUCCUCUCAACGCAGUCAUCUCAGAUCAGAUGGUUUGCUAAAUAGUCAAUGGGGCCCGACUCAGACCUGUCCACCUAGACUUUCCCAUAGCUCCUGCCACACCAAGCGAAAGAGGCAAUAUAGGGCUAACUUUACAGAGCUCAAGUUCUAUGCAUACGUCUUGGUCUUCUGGCAAGCCACACCCCCUAAUCUCAAUUACAUCUAUUGGUGAACUUAACGGUCAGUCAUUGGACUGUGCCCUUUAAUUGGCUGUCUGAAAAUGUUGUACACAAACCACAAAAUAUUGAGGUGUGUGUGUGUGUGUGUGUGAGACAGACCAUUAAGUAUGUAAUUCCUUGAAGACCUCAUCAAAUUAUGGUCAGAGGAGGGUAGACUGUAGAAGACUGUCAUCCUGCAGAAACUCUGCAAAAACAAGUACUCAAGAACACAGACAUGGUUAUUUUUUAAAACUGCGCCUUUCCUUACACUAUGAUUUUUGUAAUGUCUAUUUUGUCAUGUAAGCAGUUUAACAAAAAAUCAUUUUUUCCAUUAAUAUUAAAUCAUUGACUCGGAAUUUUGUUUUUCAGGGGGGGAAAAAGCAUGUCAAAAUGUACACAUAAUUAAUUUUGUAUAUAUAUAUAUUUUUUUUUAUUUAUUUAUUUAUUUUUUUUACAGGAAAGAUGACCCAGAAUCUGAAAAAGAGACCGCCAUGGAAGCUGAAAUUAAAGCUGCUCGUGAACGAGCCAUUGUUCCUUUGGAUUCUCGCAUGAAACAGUUUAGAGAUAUGUUGCUGGAGAGAGGGGUUAGAAAAUCAUCUUUUGAGAUGUAUAUAAAUCUUUUCUGAUUUUUACACACACGAGUCACUAAAUCCUGCACUACUCAGUCACAACAGGGUUUUUAUUUCAUGGUAACAGGUUAUGGUGAACAGGUAUCAGUUUCCUGAAAAAUCAAAAGGCACUACAUAUUAUUAUAUGGAGAUAUGGAGAUCCAAUUUGCUUUCUUCCUUCUUGAACCUUGUAAAUGUACUAAGUUCUUUUAGUUAGGAAGUAAAAAUCCAAUAAGCAAGCUGUCAAAUUGAGAUUUUCGCAUAGUAGCUCAUUCAACUUCGAGACCAACAUCUUCCAGGUCUAAUUUUAUUUUCAUUGUACAUGCGAGGGCAAGCCCUAAUGCAGUCAAAUUAAUGUUUGUUUUUAUUAUUAUUUAUAAAGAGACAACACAUUUUGCACCGCUGUACAUUGGGUGAUCUGCUUUAAAUUAGUUUAUAGAUUUAACUUUUAAAUGCUGUAUGAGCCACCCAAUUACAUAAAUCACAGUCAGUAAGUCAUGAGGUCACUUACAAAAUCCCAGAAUUACCUAUAGUGUAAAAUAGUGGGGGUUAUUUAACCUGUUUUGUCAUAGCCUAAAGCUGAUCCCCAAGUGCUGUUUCAGUUGUUUGCCAUUGGUUGAAACAGGCACAUCAUAUUUACCUAGCUAGAGACACCACUAGUUUAAAAUGUAAGUCUUCUUUUUUCUAAAAUCGGUGAAAAGGGCAAAAUUGGAAAAAAGUAUUUCCAACUUUUAUUUUUGCCUUGAUGUGCGCUAAAGCAGUCUCUUAUUUUAGUGAAUAAACCUCAAGUCAGGCAUUUCUCAAACUGUUAAAGAAACACUUCCACUCCUAUUACAAUUUAAUCUCAAGUUGUUGUGGGGAUAGGGCCAUUUGGCCGUGGAUUACCUCAGAAUUUUUAGACUCUGGUAUUUCUGCCUUCUUGCUUUUGUUCCUCUCUGCAGUAAUGUAGGAUGAAGGUUUAUCAAGUUUGUUGAUAGGCGAAGAUUGUCAGCUGACAUUCUCAGCCUGUCAAUGGAUGCUGAUUGAGAAAUAUAGCACAUCCUAUUUUUCUCCAAGGGUGCCUAUUGAUAGGCUGAGAACCUCUUCUAAGCUUUUCAGCCUAUCAGCGGACAUCAGGAGGCAGAAUCGCCAAACGCGAGAGCCCACUCAGUAAACCCAAGGGUAAAAACGUUGCUUUAACUUGUUUAAAUUGUUGUAACUCAGACGCCCCCACUCCGGCUCCCAUAAAUAAGCUUAAGUUGUUCUGUUAAGCUAUUGCUAAUUCAAACAGUGAGCAGAUCGGGUUCAAAACAAGUUUUUCACUUUUUGGCCACACUACCCAUUUACCAUCUAACCCAUAAAUCCUUCCACAUCGGAUAGUGUCUUCCUGUGGAUCAAAGAGAAUGCCUGGCAUGAAAGUGCAUAUUUAAAGAGGAACUGUAAUCUUUGCUGGUUUUGCACAACUCGGUGUAGACAAGUUAGCCAUUGUUUGUUGUUUACAUUCAAGACAGCCUGGCAUACCUUGGAUUGAAAACCCAUGGUAUCAUUGGAAGAUUGCCAGAUGCUUGAGCAUAAUAUUGCCUUAGGGAAAGAAACCAAUUCUAUAGUUCUGAAUUGUGCUUUAUGUUUGCCUCUGCUAUACUCCACUACUGGACUGAGUAGUAACAAAAUACUUCAAAGAAAACAGUUCCUCUUUAAGGCAUUCUUCAACUUUAUAGGAACCAAUGUAUUUUUCUGCAGUUAUACAUGCUGAUUUAGUGAUUGUGUAGACAACCUUGUUGCCAUGCAAAUUGUACCUCAAACCGUGUUUUUGUUUUGUUUAUUCUUUCAGUGCUUUAUCAGAGUUUAAAAGUUUAGGGUUGGAGAGUUGACAAUAACAUUUUUUGUAAAAUAUGAUGGUCAUUCUUAAUUACUUCUGAUGGUUAUUCUUACAUAAAAAGCUGGUUAUCAUACACCAAUUAUAUUAUGUGUAAACCAACAAACUAAAAGCUCUGUCCAAAUAUGAUCCUUUAAAUCUUUUACUUUUUUGGUUUUGGGUCCCUUGUUGGUAGAUGAUUAACUGAUUUUAUGUUAUUAUACACAUUUUGACAUAUGUUUCUAGUGCAAAUGUAGCUUUAGUUUCCACCCUGAAGUGACAUGUAAUGAAUCGUUUUGAGUUUAGACUUUUGUGUAGUAAUGAAGGGGUUAUGAAUACGAAACCCUCUCAAGGCACAUCACUUAAACUUCAAUGAUUUUCUCUGAUGUGGCUUCUAAAUGUCGCUCAGUAGUGGCUAUUUUAAUGAGUUAUUAGUUGUGUGUUGCCUGUGUGUAAUUAUGGGGGGGCUGUUCUGAACCAAUUAGUGUGAAAAAUUUACCAUUCUAACCUCCCACUGCUCGUCAUUUAUUAAUGAUGAAAACUUCAGUGUCUGUUAUGUCCUGCAUUAUACAGACAUCCUGUAGUUCUGUAUAGUAUCAAUUCCUAAUGUUUAAUUGCCAUAGAAAUCAAAUACUAAUUCUCUGCAUUUGUUUUUCUGUUUGUUUGUUUUUUCACACUAUAAAGGUUUCAGCUUUUUCAACUUGGGAAAAAGAACUGCACAAGACUGUUUUUGACCCACGUUAUUUACUCCUAAAUCCAAAGGAAAGGAAACAGGUAAGCAAUAUACUUUGUUUUUUAUUUUAUUUUUUAUCUUCAUCUAGCUUUUUCCUGUGAAACAAUAUUCUACAUUUUACAUUAGUCCAAUGGCAAAAAAAACCCCACUAUAUAUAUAUAUAUAUAUAUAUAUAUAUAUAUAUAUAUAUAUAUAUAUAUAUAUAUAUAUAUAUAUAUAUAUAUAUAUGUAUAUAUAUAUAUAUAUAUAUAUGUAUAUAUAUAUAUAUAUAUGUUUUUUUUUUUAUAUAUAUUCCUUUUUCAUACAUUUAACAGGGGAGGGGGAAGGGGGCAAAUACUGAUUCUUCUAGAAAGCAAUCCAUUUAUAUGUGGUGGUUUUCCAGGCCUGUGUGUAUCUUAUAUUUAAGAAUAAUUCACUGAUUUCUCUACCUAGAACCUUUUUGAGGAUGUGAUUUUUGAUGUCGUGUCUGGGAACUAAAAAGUAACUAAUUUGAUUUCACCACUUGCACAUUUGCAUCUCUCUUCACCUUUAUGAAGCAGUCAUAGACAUUAAAUGUACCACAAAGGAAAAACAUGACCCAAGAUUUCAUCGGUAUUGCCUUAAUUUAAUACGUUUUGCUAAGCUUUCCAAGUAACAUAAUAUUUUUGGAUAUACUUUUAGAGAUUUCUUCAAAAUAUUAGAAUAUCAAAAAAAAAAAUACCAAAAAGAUAAAAAUAUUAAAGGAUUAGUAUAAAUAUUAGGUAUUUUUUAAAUGAUUUUUUAAAAAUAUUAAAUCGAGGCCUAAGUUGUAAGCACUCUCCCCAUGCCAUCGUUCUCUAUAAAUACCUGAUCAGAUACUUUUUUUUUUUUCCUUCUUCAAUGGAAAAAUCAUGUUCAAAAUGAAUAUUAAUAUAUAAAAAAAAAAAGAUCUUAUUUUUAAAUGAUUAUAUUUUCCUCCUUAACCUGAAUAUCUGUCCCUCUAUCACACUCCCAUUAUUAAAAAUUUUUUUCAUCAUCCGUGGUGUGAAGAAAUUCUGCCCAACUUGGAAAAUGUGGCGAGCUCUGGAGCUCCCUUCUAUGUCAUGACAUCAUGCCUGUUGCGUUUGAACUGCCAAUAGGCUGGAGUAGACUUACAGCACAGCUUGUUACAGAGUUUUAUAAUCUUAUUUAAGAAGAAAAUUGUGCUGUCACUGCUCUUUCUAACAAUAACAAAAAUAGGUAUUGCAAGUGUAUAUGAAAAUAAGGCUACACAUUAAUUGCACAAACGAAGGCUGAACAUUUUGUGUUGGAUAUAUAGUAAUUACCAUAUGCAGCAUGUCAUGCAUGUUCUCAGCCUGUUACACAAAUACCGCCAAGAACACAAACACACAACUGUACACUGUUAACUGCUCACAACUCCUACUUGUAAUCCAAAGGGUACCAUACUAGACUAGCACACUCAGCUGACCCUACACAACUACUGCUCUGUAAUUAUUGAAUACUCUGUUUUCUACUCCCUUAAAAGAAUGACAGCUUGCUUCCAUAGGAAUCUGAACAUUUAUAAAUUAACCUCGGAUGUUAAACAGCUGGUUCAUCUCAUUGAGUUACAUUAAGAAGUCUGAUUGGACAGCCAUGGAAAGUCUUGGCCGGGUUACAAGGGGAGUGCCUGCAAAGGCUGCAGAAGAGAUCUAUUUUUAGCUAUAACCCCAAUGACAAAAAAUGUGAAUUAAAUGCAUACAUUUUUCAUUAGGGUAUACCUACUAAAAAGUGUGGUUUGGUUUUGUAUUUAGUCUGUCCCUUUAAUACUACACAAACCAAAUAAUUAGGGCCCUGUUGCUGUUAAAAUGGAAUCUGUUUUACCACAUUUUGGUGUCCUGAAGAAGAAAUUGUCACUAAGUCUAGUGUGCGUCUUCAGGGUUUUUUUUGUUUGGUUUUUUUCUUUGCUCGUAAUGGCCUAUACCUCCCAGAAUGCUUUGCCAGCAUGAAGUUGUGGCUGACGUGGUUCUGCAGGCUUUCAAGAGACCAUUCUCUCACCCAUCCUUUUCUAUAAGUGUCACAGGUUCGUGAGUCUGUUGUGUUAUUCAUUUAAUCCUCCACUAGUCCUAAUUCCGGAUUUGCUGAAUAUAGUGAAAGUAUUCCGUUUGUGUAGCGUCUCCCCAAUAUAUUGGACGCAACCAGUCAUAUUGCGUAAAAGCAGCAAUUUGAACUUAAUUAGGCCACACACUGCUUCUUAUGCAGUGCCCCUAGCAUGGGGUUUCUAAUACAAAAUCACAGGGGUUUCCUUCCCCCUAGCCAUUGUGUUUGAGAGAUAAUUGAGCUCCAAUUAAGCUAAUCCAAUUAUCUCUCAAAUAGGAAAACUUACAAUUUUAACAUAUCACAAAAAUACAUGACAACAGCAUCGGAACCCCACAAAAAUAUAUUUUCGAAUAGUCCCGAUCUGAGCGCACAACAUAUCCAAAAAGCGCUCAGAUCGGUUCGGUAAAACUAAAGUUAUGUUCAUGCAUAAAUGAACUGGCUGCCUUCUAGAGGUGGUAUUGUCAAUUUCAAAAGGGGUUAAUUUGAUUGUAUGAGAGGUCAGAGCUUACAACCUAAAUUCUUCUUUGAAGCUGGAACCCCAGCAGAGCUACUCUGUAAGGUGUGAGAAGUAACAAAUAAGUGGCCUGGAAGUCUGGUUUCAGUUUAUUCUAACUCUCAUUUGCCAUAUGUCUUGAUUCCCUCCUAGGUAAGGAGUCCUUUGAUGUGAACAAGCCUUGUGUUCCAAUAUCACAUCCAAAAGAGAAAUCAACACCCAUCCACAGAUUAAUCCUCAAGCCUCAUUUUGAUCAUAUUUAGAAUGGGACAAGCACAAUCUUCCAAUCAAGCCUAAACAUGAUUUGUGAAAAAGGGGACCCCCAUAGAAUCUGUUCAGUAACCGAACAAAAGGGAACAAUUCCAUUUGAAUACAAGGAAACAUUAGACGAUACAAAGUACAAUUAAGGGAACACAUACGAGGAGUCCCAUCUCCCGUGACACUAAGCUCUUCAGUUUGAUACCUAUAAUAGGGUUACUUAAUUAGAAUGAAUGUAUUUCUUUUCCUAAAAUUAACAACAAAAAGUUGUUAGAGGGAAGAUGGGGGGUAUAAGGUGCCAGAUUAUGUCCUUCAAUCAUUUUAAAAAUCAUAAACAUUCUCAAUGAAAUAAUUAUCAUUUGUAUGCCUGAACAAUGUGUUUUGUAUUCAGGCACACAGGUACAUAACCUUUGUACCUCUGAUCUAAAUAACCUUCAGGACUUGUAAUUUUCUUCACGUUUUAAGAGCUGCUAGUGUAAUUAUCAAGAAAAAAAAAUUAUUGCAUGCAUAACUAGGGCAAUUGCUAAGGAAAGAUUACUGUAUCUAAUUACACUUUCUGUUGCACCCUACGUAUAUAUUUUUUCUUUAGAAGUUUCACAGUCAUUGCUUAUCUGUUGGCACAAUUUUUUAAUUAAACCAAUUGAUUUCGCUCUAGGUAUUUGAUCAGUAUGUGAAAACGAGGGCAGAAGAGGAACGGAGGGAAAAGAAAAACAAGAUUAUGCAAGCGAAGGAGGACUUCAGAAAAAUGAUGGAGGAAGGGAAGAUUAAUCCAAGGUUUGCCUCCCACAUUGUGCUGAUUUUUUUUAUAUGUAAAGGAUUUAAUAUUGAACUCGGGAGUCAUAUGUGCAAGAAUGCAUUUUAAAAAAAAUACUAAUUACUUAAUGCCAGGUAUGGCUCAUCAGUGCCACACGGAUGUAGUUAUUCAACUUUAGGGACCAUUUCUUUGCGCAUAUUCCAUAAACUGCUACUGGUUUGCUAACUCCAUAUUGGAGUAUCACUCUGUUGUAGGUAGUGUUGUAGUUUAGAACUGUUGUUUUACUCCAUUUUAUAGCUUUUCUACUUAACACAAAUUUAUAGGGAAGUUCAAGUGAAGCUGUAAAUCAUGUAACUGUGUUAAAUAUAAAGUGUAAUUACUUCCACUAUGAAUGUGUGUUUUUGUUAAACGUUUAUGAUCGAUAAUUUUCAGUUAUCCAAGUGACCUAGUUUGUCGCUGUCUUUUUAAAUGUGUUUAUUCCAUUUCUGUGUCCCAUGGAACAUAUUAUGGAAGCAGUCAGUUACAAGACUGUAACGGAAGUGGAUUUUGACAUCUUGGUAGAUUCAGAUGAAUUUGUGAGCAGUAGCGAUAUUUUUGUACUUUAAGAUUCCGUAGGCUGCAAUGCAAAUUGGAUCUGAAAGGUCAUCUUAUUGAGCCAAGGAUGAACACAGAAUAAUUGCAAAGAGUUGGUGAGCGUGUUACUGAUAUGCAAUUUAUUUUACGUUUAUUAUUUUUUUUUUUUUUUAUUAUUCCUACAGAAAUACUUUUAGUGAGUUUGCAGCCAAACAUGCCAAAGAUGCACGGUUCAAAGCCAUUGAAAAAAUGAAAGAUCGGGAAAUCUUGUUUAAUGAAUAUAUGGUUGCUGCAAGGAAGAAAGAAAAAGAGGAUUCAAAGAACAAAGGUGACAAGGUAUUGGAAAACAUACCCUCAUGGCUGCAGCGAGAAUGUUAGUAGUUUUUAUUCAUUUAUUUUCUCCAAUAUGGUGUUAGUAGUAAAGUUGUCUCCUCCACUCGACAUCCUUAACUACCACAAACUAGGAUACUUCCACGAUUCCUCAUUAUGUUUGUACAUCCCUCUUCUUUUGCAGUGUUAUGGUGUGAAGUAAGGUAUCAUAUUAAUAAAAAAUAACUAAGAAUAAAAAAAGUCAUAAUUGCACAGGCAACUGAAUAUACAUGCAAUACACAGAGCUGCAGUGGUAUCUCAAGUACACAAGUGGGAGUCGACAUUUAACAGGAAUUUAGUAUUUGCCUUUAUGCAAACUAUCCUGUGUUACACAACACCUUCAAACAAGUGAAUCAAAAACCUCUAAAAUGCCCAGUGAUCGUGAGCCGAUCACUCGCUCCCUAUUUAGAGAGGAUUUCUAGAUUUAUUUUUUUUUCCAUAUCUUUAUUUGAAUACAUAUUUUUACCUUUUUUUUUUUUUCUUUUUUUAAUUAUUAUUCCCCCUUCUUGUGGUACACAUUAUUCCUUGGGGAACAAGGAGAUAUAAACUGUUAUGUCUGCAGUUUACUGGAUUCUGUUUCUUAUACUGUUAGUGUUUGUAUGCCCACAAAAUGUCUACAUAUAUUUUCUAGAAAAUUACCUAAAUGUACAGGUGGAAAAUAUUUUAAUUGCACUCACUUUAUUUUAAUUUAUUUAAUAGUACCAGAUUCUAUUGGCUUAGGCUUUUUUCACCUUUGAGGGUCUUUUCAUAUUUUCUCAGCAGAAUCCACACUUUUUUGUCAACCUGAUACCUUAUAUCGAUUGACCGUGUUGGCAUCUUGAAAUUCCAAUGCAGUCAACGAGUAUUGCAUAAUGUAUUAAUAUGAUGAAAUACUCAAAAGCAAUCUUGCCAUGUCAGAAUUACUUGAACUUGCUAUUAUGCCCUUAAACAUAAUGGCAUACAGAAAUGUUAUAAAAUAGGAUCCUCUCCAGUGAACAUGCGUGGAAAGCAUCUGAUGAAAGUACGUUUUUGGAAACAGUGUAAGCAAUUAGUGAUGGUUGCCUUUUAGAUCUGAUGGCUUUCUUGUGAACAUGGCCUUGAAUUAGUGCCAUAAAGGUACUCCCAUGCUGAUUCAGUGGCCAUAUCCAAUCAAAUAUUCUUUUUGUAGGAAAGGUGUUGCAUUUCAAACAUUUUCAUAUCCUUCUUGUAGGCAAAAUUUUAGUAUGCUUUUCUCCCCUUAUCUAUCUGUAAACAAACCUGGUUUUAAAUUACUGCUUAUCUGUACUAAAGGUCAACAUAUUAAAUAUGAAUGAACUGAAAUGUCAGUGGGAUGAGAAACCAGCAGUGAGUAACUUUGCUUACCACUGGAGAAGCUAAGAGAGAAUAUCUUUUACCCGUUUUCCUGAAUAGCUUGCUUAUUUACGUGCUCCAACAGAACAAAAGUGUUUUUUUUGUUUUUGUUUUUCAAACAAUGUUUGAAAACACAGGAGUCCUUGUUUCUAAAAUGCUGCUGCCCCUGAUUAUAUAGAACUCUGAGAGCAGUACUUGACUAACUCCUAUGUCUCUCGGCCGCUAAGCCACUAAAGCUUUACAGUGAUGAAGUCCAGCCCAUACUGUAAAGCAGGGACAAAAAUUAAGUUUGUGUGUUUCCUUAUCAGACACUUUAUGCUGACAGUAUGUACGUUGUGUUGAUUUAUUAGUAAAACGGCUGAUUUUGCCCUCCUUCCAUUUGUUACCCUUUGUUUCACACACACACUGUUUUCACAUGCCUCUUGUGAUUUCAUUUCCUUGAUGAUAUAAAAAGAGUGGUUCAUCUCAGAGCCCUCUAAGACAUAAGUGUAUGUCACACAUAACCAACCACUAAUAAUCCUUGCAUAUCUAUACAGCAAGGAGCUCCUAUUUUUUACAAAUGCUUUCCUUAUAUUUAAUUCAGCUGUAGAUCUAUAUCCCCCUGCCCCCCUUUCAUUUUUAAAUGCACCCCCACCACGUACAAAUAUUGAUCUAUAACUCCUCCUGGAGAUCACAUUGAAGUUGCAUGAACAGGUGUUUUUAUAGCAGCCGGACCACAUUGCAGAUACUGAUUUCAGUGGAAGGCUGGCAGCCGGACCACAUUGCAGAUCUUUAUGGAUAUUCAGUGUCACAGUGCUUGGUUGAAAAAUAGUGGGACUAAGAUAAUGCCAACGUUUUUGAAAACUGUGAGCAGUUACCAUGCAGUUGAGCUGGGGCAUUCCUUGCACCAUAACCACUAAGGUUGAUGUAGUGAUUACGGUGGCAAGAAUGCCUUGGUUCCCCCUACAUUGUAUGGAGCCAGUUUUUGUUUUGUUUGUAUUCUUCUCUGGUACCAGCCAGGUGCUGCUUCCCUCAGAAAAUGCCACUUGACCAUUUUUCUCAGAGCAGUCAUUUUAAUUCCAUUGAUUUGGAAAGUGACACUUCCUUUUUUAAAUUAAUUUAUUUCUGUUUGUGCGCUUUGUGGUUUGUUUUGUGUUUAUUUUUUAUUGCCCAUAAUUACAUUGCAUGUUGAUACGAUAAAGCUUCUUUGUCAGAAUUUUGAUUUACUUUUAAGUUUCGUAGACAUGAGGUGGAUGAGAUGUCUUGCUGUAAUUGACAUCAGAAAUGUCUGGAUUCUGAAUAUUGUAUGAUAAAUGGCUUGUGUGGCACUAAGGAAUCAUGGACAUCAGAUUCUAUGCCAAGACCUCUGAUUGAUUAGCGGUUUGAAAUUACAAGUCUGUAAAUGAUUGUAGCUUUAUGCAGUCUUUGGCAUUUUAUGUUUUUUUUUGAACUAGCUACAUCCUUUAAAACCAUUUGUAAAACAGCAAAUGUAAAAUAAGUGCCUAUAUUUGAGCAAGCUGAUUGGUGGAAAACAUGUAGAGGGCAAAGGAUACAUUGCUGCUUUAAUUAGUGACUUGGAUUCAUUAGGUAUGACCUCCAAUAGGUCAUCCAGAAAUGUAUUUGAUUUACAGAAAAUAAUUCCAAAAGCAUCCAUUUAUUUAUUUUUUGUUCCGUGGAUCCUUGAUUUAGUUAUGUGUGUGGAUUCUGAAAUUUGUAGGAAAUUUGUUACAUGUUCCAGGUAUGUGGAAGCUUAAUAAUAAGUUAGAAAAUAGUUUGCAUAUGACUCCAGUAUGGUUUGUCUAAAACACCGUAUUUCAGUAGACUCCAAUAGUGACUUUAUAAGAACAGGCAAUGGUUAUUUUACCAUUUAUUCAGGUUGUGUUUAAUAGUUUUGUCUUGUUUUUGGUUCUUUUACUUUGACACAUUUUUCAGUCUUAGAAACAACUAUUUGGUUCAUAUCUGCGUGUUUUUUCUGCUUGUCUUAAAUCUAGGUCAGAAUGGAUUUUUUUGACUUGUUAUCAAACCAUCAUUUGGAUGGACAGUCUCGUUGGAGCAAACUAAAAGAUAAAAUAGAAAAUGAUUCCCGUUACAAAGCAGUAGAAAGCUCAUCGGCAAGGGAAGAGCUAUUUAAACAAUAUAUUGAGAAGAUAGUAAAGGUAUGUUGUAACUUUUAGCUUCUAAAUAGAAAAUCCCAUUGAUCAAAGCCCAUUAAACACCAUGUUAAUUCAUUUUUUUGCUAAAGUACCUUUGUAAUGAGUGGAGACUCGACACAGGUUAGUUGUUCACCCCCCUUCUACAUCUCCUUAUUGCAUUCAGAUUGCCUUUUCUUUUGGACUGCUUUAGAAUAUGAAAUGCAUGCACUAUGUGGCUUGAAUUUAUACCCUUUUUUUUUUUUUAAUAUAUAUUUUUUUACUCCUCUUUUGCUGGCAAAUACAUUGUUCAAUGUUAACAUGCUCAUUUCUUUAGAUAUGGAGAUAACAGUCUGCGAUUGAUGUGUUCUUUGAUUCUACGUUUCCGCCCUCCAACUUUAACAUAGUUAGGGUAUUGCAAAAUAGUUAUAUUGAAGUUAGUGUCUUUUGCAAAUUGCCCUUUUUAUUAAUUUAAAAAAGUUUUAGACUAUUUUUGGUUCAGUUUUGGAAUGUAUUUUCAUUGGUGUAUGUAAAGUGAAUCAAUGCAAUGUGAUAAAUAUCAACUUUAUACUUGAUCUACAACUUUCUGCAAGAGUUUCACAUUUCACCUGCUUUUUUUAUUCAUCCAUGUCAUGAACGAUUAAAAGGGUGUUGAUUUAUAUUCUCUCCGACCCCCCUCAAAAAAAAUCAAAUAGUUCCUUAUUACUAGGCUUUGAUUUGAAUUUGAUGGCAAACUUUGUGUUUUUAGUUUAAGAGUAACACAUUUCUAACCAAAAUAACUCUUGCCAUUACUAGUGAUAUCUAUGUUUUAGUGAUUUAGAAUUUAUUUUUUAAUUAAAAAAAAAAUGUAAAUCGUAUGGUGAAAGUGUCACCACACUGUGUAACAUUCUGUAUUUUAUUACAUCCUAUUGUUCCUCCUUUGGUCUAUAGUAUUUAGAUUUUUACUUAUAUCUAAUUUACCUAGUGUCUUACACAAACGAAUCACUGAAAUGAAAGCACUUUUCAGUAUAAUUUAUGCGGUUUGUGGCCAGGCUAGUUAUUCCUAAAUUGAUACUUUGUACCAUGUACUAUCCUACCUAUUUUAUAUAUUGAUUGUUAUACUUUUCCUUCUCCAAUUUCCCAGCUUUGUAUCUGAGAUCAUAAAACUCCAGUCAAGAUUAUCAGUGUCCCCCACAAGCCCCCAACACUAUGUAAUUAAUAGUGUUGUCUUGGGAAAGUUUUGUAUCUAUUUGUUUUAUCUUUUAUCAUUUUAACUGUCCAAUGUUGCCAAACACAAAUAUUACAUUCCUUGUUCAAUCUGUUUGGAGUAAUGCUUAUCAGUAUCCAUUUUUCCCCAUCAAAGCUCCCUAAACCUCCUUUAUAGUUGAUGCCUCUCUAAUAUGAUGGUUUUUAUUCGUUUAUCAAAUAGUUCACCAAAUAUAAUCAGGCAGGGCAUUUUGGAAGAGUUUUAUUAGUUUAAUUGGGGCUUUUAAAGUGUCAAGCACUUUAAAGUGUCUAGCAGUGCUCCUCAACCCUAUCUUCAAGGCACACCUAACAGUCCAGAACACUGGUGAGACCUCACUUGGAGUAUUGUACACAGUACUGGAGACCGUAUCUUCAGAAGGAUAUUGAUACCUUAGAGAGGGUUCAGAGAAGGGCUACUAAACUGGUUCAUGGAUUGCAGGAUAAAACUUACCAGGAAAAGGUUAAAGGAUCUUAACAUGUAUAGCUUGGAGGAAAGACGAGACAGGGGGGAUAUGAUAGAAACAUUUAAAUAUAUAAAAGGGAAUCAACACAGUAAAGGAGGAGACUAUAUUUAAAAGAAGAAAAACUACCACAACAAGAGGACAUAGUCUUAAAUUAGAGGGACAAAGGUUUAAAAAUAAUAUCAGGAAGCAUUACUUUACUGAGAGGGUAGUGGAUGCAUGGAAUAGCCUUCCAGCUGAAGUGGCAGAGGUUAACACAGUAAAGGAGUUUAAGCAUGCAUGGGAUAGGCAUAAGGCUAUCCUAACUAUAAGAUAAGGCUAGGGACUAAUGAAAGUUUUUAGAAAAUUGGGCAGACUAGAUGGGCCGAAUGGUUCUUAUCUGCCGUCACAUUCUAUGUUUCUAUGUCCAGGAUUUAGGGAUUACACAGGAGUGUCUAAAAUGUUUUAAUUAAAAAACACCUAAGGUGUUUUUUAUUAUUUUCUUCUUCUUCUAUACACUUUAGACACACCCGGUUAAUCUCUAAAUCCUGGACUGUUAGAUAUGUCUUGAAGAUAGGGUUGAGGAGCACUGGUGUAGAGUACUCUCCACCCACCCGUAGCUCAGAGAUGUGCUUAUAACGGCAGCAGUUGGUGUUAUUAGCCACUGUGUGCAGGGAAGGAACGCUAGGUGAACCUUUAAUUAACCUUCAGACUGGACCCAUGCUAGCAGCUUCUUUAGAAGAAUUAAAGAAAAGCUCCUUUUGUUUUUUAAAAUGGAAAUGUCACUUCCCUCGAUUUUUGUUAUUUUUACUUACACUUACAUUUGAAACUAUGUAUUUGUGAGGUGUUAAAAAUGACAUUAAAUGAUGUGCUCCCGCGACUGAAACCCUACAAACGACAUUAAAACUGAGCCAACAACUUGCCCGACCGCAGAGCAAAACUAAGCCUGUUCCCAACACACCGGUGAUGCUGGGGAUACCUCUCAGGAGUUUCUCCGCCACUGGAAACCCUGACUCGAGGCUCUGCGGCUUACCAGCGACCGGGCAGGGGAGAGGCAGUCUUCUACUGCUUUGCCUGGCGGUAAGACACUCAAACAGGGUCGCUCCCCCAUGGACCGACGGGGGUAAUCCCGGUCCCCCCUGGCUAGCCCAGUGAACUCUCGCUGUGCUCGGAAGACAGACUCCUGCCACAUGGAAAUUCCGGCUGACACACCUAAGAUGGCGGAUGAGUUCCCUUAACAGGGGCACGUGCUGAACUGCAUGCUGCAACGCAUAGACAGGGUAUUUAAGGUUUUGGCAGCGACUGGAGGCUAAAGCGCUAUUCUCACAGCCCACUCCUCAUCGGAGACUGCGCAAUGGCGGGGGUCUCGGAAACCCUGACCUCCUUUUGGGGAAAUCACGCCCAAAUAAACCUCUCAAGCUGGACACUAACCUGCAGGAGCGGAGGGCCACGCCAGCUGCUGCCGCAACACUCCGAUCAAGACAACGGAAACCAGGUACCCGCAUCACGCGUAAGACAACCUGAGCCCCUCACGGCACACGGGUGGAGAUGGCAACGACCUCACCUGCGGCUCGGACCCACAGAUCCCAGCGACAGAACCCCCAUACGGGUCAGUAAGAGCACAGAGGAUGCCGUGACCUACUUACCACAUACCGCAAAGCCCAGAGGCUCUCCUGCGCUACCGAGCAGAGGCAUAGGCUACAGCAGCUGUUCUCCACCACAGCCCAGCAAAACGCUACACACUGGUGUCGCCGCGGCUCCAUCCACAGGAAUCGGAUGAGCAGAUAUGGUCAAGGACCGACUCUUCUCUGAAGCCAUAGACUCUAUUACCACGCUGUCAGACCGUUAUUGCAGAGAACGGCCAGCGGUUUUUAUGCUACCGUAUACUACCUUAUAACGUAUUUUUUUUUUUUAUUCUACGGAGUGUCCAUGUAAGCAAAACCAUGGAGUAUAAGAUAACUGUUCAUACCUUAUUUUGCACAAAUGUAGUCAGCGAGCUAAACUACACACAGCCUAGCAUAGCAUGCUUGCAUAGCUACACUACUCACACAUGUCCACUAUCUAUUGCAAAAAUAACGGCACAUGUCAUGUUUUCCCUCUUUGUCAUUCCUCUGAUCAUUUCUCCUUGACAUGUAUACCUUGCUAACUUACUUAAACUAAACGAGAAACCUAAACUGUUGAAACAUUGCUUCUACGAAAACAAAAAUGUGUCUGACUAGCAAAUGUCACAACUUGUAUUGUAAACUGAACAUCACUUUACCCUGAUGUCGCUGUUGUGGCGCACCAAGGCUGUUUGUUACCUUUGUGCAAAACAGAAAUAAAGAAUUAACAUUUUAAAAAAUGACAUUAAAUCUAGAAAGUCACACAUCUUGAUGCUGCAACUGGGUGCCUCCAUCUUGGCUUCUUUCCAGUUAUUGUUAUAAGUUUUGUCUUUAGCAGCUGGCAGUCGGCACAGACAAAGCAUGCAGGUUAGAGGAUAAAAUGAAAGUGUUUGUUUUUGUAUUUCUUCCCCCCUGCCCUUCUUUGAAAAUUUGCAGUGUUUGCACUGAUUUUGCCUUAUUUAAUCUGGAGUAUAAUAGGAUUUGUUAAUCUAGAAUAAUUUUUGAAAGAAAAUUGAAACUGUAUUGGAGAAAAGGUUAGCUCAAAUUAUGGUUCUGCCCAUAAACUGAAAAGCUUAUUGUAUUGCAUCUGGUGUUUUGUGUGAUAUUUGGGGAGAUUUUUUUUUUUAAUCUGUCCGCACUAUGAGCCUUUUAGUCUAGUCGUGGUUAGGUUGUAACAGGCUUAGAAUUACCAUUUCAGAACAUAAGCAAGAUGGGUACAUAGGGCCAAAAUUGGGGUCAGUUAAAGACACUUGGCAACAAGUAAGCAAAUUACAUGCUAAACAGUGAUUGGUUCAUGAUGUAAAGAUAAACUGCAACUGAAUAACACUUUAAAGGUGUAUUUUUCUCUCCAUUCCACUUGUCACAUUGAGGCCAGACUCUUUGUAACUUUAUUUCCUGAUAAUUAGAGAAGCUGAUUACACUUCUCAGUAGAAAAAAAUACAUUUUGGUAAGCAUCUUUAUUAGCGUUAAUUUUGUUUUUUAAGCAAAAAGUAAAAAAAAUUUACACUAAAAAUAUCUUGUAGCGUCUAUCAACUAGUUUAAUCUUUUACAAUCAGCUUAUUAUUUUGGUUUCAUUUGUGAUGAUGAAUCUUGCGUAAAAGUGUCAAUUCAUUAAGUCGUCCUAAAAAUCGCAUUUCUAGUCCUCCAUUGUGAUCUGAUUUUAGGCCACUUGUUUUAUCCCUCCUCCUUGUACUAUGACAAAUGUGCUAAGCAUUUGUGGUGGGAGAUCUUGAAAAUUCAGAAGGAAAACUUUAUAGAAAACUGAAGAUCUGAUGUGCAACAUGUUUUGGAAUGGUUUAUAUAGAUUUGAUGGGAUUGAAGCCAAUCAUAAAUGUUACAAUUUUCUACUAGCUUGGUGGUAGCAGGAAUAAUUAACAUGAAUUCACUUGUGAUCUUAGAAUUUAGAUUCAGAAAAAGAGAAGGAGUUGGAAAGGCAAGCUCGAAUUGAAGCAAGUUUACGUGAACGAGAACGGGAGGUGCAAAAAGCUCGAUCAGAGCAAACAAAGGAGAUUGACAGAGAGCGAGAGCAGCACAAGAGAGAAGAAGCCAUUCAGAAUUUCAAAGCUCUUCUUUCUGACAUGGUAAUAUUUACAUUUAUAUCUUUGUAUGGACAUCAUCUUGUACCAGACUAAAUUCUUACUUCAAGGCUAAUGCAAGCUGUUUUUUCUGACUCAUAGCAACUUAUUAUUUACAGGCAUUUUUCAUGCAUCAAAAUUAUAAAAAUAUUGUACACUGUUAUUAUUUAAUCAGAAAUUAUAAACAUACACCAGACGCACACACAUUUUUAAAUAUACAUAGGUAGCAAUUCACAAUUCAAUUAUACAUAUGGAGGUAAAACAUUCUGUCCCUUGUGUCUGGUGGAGAGUGCACUGUAUCUGUGUGUUGCAGUGGACGAGACGGCUUCAGUUCCCUCUUUGUACUCCUGUGUGGCAUGUCAAGUCUGCAUAAUAUUUUAGCCCAUAAUAUUUCUGGAACUUGUAAGUCUAAAUGCUGCUCACAUAUAGAAGGGGAGGAGUGAAGUUGUCUUUGAUGGCAGAGUCUACAGAGACAGUCUGCUUCCUUGAAAACUGGUCAGGAAAGAUUGACCAUUAGUACUGGCAGGAGGCAAAUUAUUGGUGCCAGGUCCCAGUGGGUUUGUGGAGCUUUUUCAUGUAGUCUUGCCACAACGGUCAAUAUAAAAUUAUAAAGUCUGCAAAUUCACAAUAUCAAGAUCAAAUAUAUAUAAUCACUGCUAUAUGUGUGAAGAUCAAAUGUGUAUAAUAAUCACUACUAUAUGUAAAGAUCAUGCAUUUUUAUCUGCAUAUUUUGAUUUAGUUUUCUCAUACUUUUCUUUAUAUGCAACAAGACAAUACUCUGGAUUAUGUACAGUUUUAAAAGUGACUACUACUACGAAUAAGACCUGGAAGAUAAGGCCAGGGACUAAUGAAAGUAUUUAGAAAAUUGGGCAGACUAGAUGGGGCGACUGGUUCUUAUCUGCCGUCACAGUCUAUGUUUCUAUGGUCUUAUGUUAAUUCUCCUCCCCCUCACCCCCCCCCAGUAAAAAGCACUAGAAAACUAAUCUAUGUUCGGGAAAGUUUUUUUUUUUCUCCCAAACCUAAAUUUGCGGGAUUCCAUGCCCUAGUGAACUGGUCUAUGUUCGGGGGAAUGACCCCAAACGUAGACCUGCUUUCUAGCGCAUGCUUGCAACCGGUUACCCCUGAAAAAUGCACUAGGGCUUAUUUUUGGGGGAUGUCUUAUUUCUGGGGAAAAAUGGUAGCAAGCAUGUGCUAGAAACCAGGUCUACGUUUGGGGUCAUUCCCCCGAACAUAGACCAGUUCACUAGUGCAUGGAAUCCUGCAAAUAUAUUUUCGAACAAACUUUCCCAAACAUAGCUUAGUUUACUUGCGAAUAGAAUCCCGCGAAUCUAUGUUUAUGGAAAAUUCACCGAACAUAGAUUAGCAAACUAGCAACUAGGCCUUAUUUUCGGGAUUGGGCUUAUAUUAUGAGCAUCCCCAGAAAAUAAGCUAGGGAUUAUUUUCAGGGGAUGUCUUAUUUUCAGGGAAACUGGGUAUAAAGAAUUUACACUCCAUACUCUGAAAUGUUUUUCUAAGUUCUGUGAUCAUGUGAACACACAUAUUCUAGACAAAUUAGUCCAAAGCAUGUUUCUCAAAUGCUUUUUACUUCAAUGUAGGUCCGAUCGUCAGAUGUUUCAUGGUCUGAUACAAGAAGAACAUUGAGGAAAGAUCACCGAUGGGAGUCUGGCUCUUUAUUAGAAAGGGAGGAGAAGGAAAAACUGUUCAAUGAACACAUAGAUGCCCUUACGAAAAAGAAACGUGAACAUUUCAGACAAUUAUUGGAUGAAACCUAUGCGGUAAAGUCUGCCAAACAGCCUUAACAAGUUUUAAAUUAAUGAAACCACUAGGAAAAAUAAAUACUUAUUCAUACAUCAAUCUUGGUUUGAACGGGGCUGCCUCUAAAAUGAACACAUCUUCCUAUUUGUGUAUAUAGAUGAUAUGAUUAUUUGGGCUGAGGGUCCUUUCCUUAUUUUACCAUUCAUUUACAUUUCUGUUUCAUAAUGCUGAUUUUCAGAUAACCUUAACAUCUACAUGGAAAGAGGUAAAGAAGAUAAUAAAAGAAGAUCCUCGUUACAUUAAGUUUUCUUCCAGUGACCGGGUAAGAAGAAAAAUGUGUGAAAUGUCAAUGGUUAAAAAUCCAUUCCCAUACAAUGAGUUUGUUAGUAAAAUAUUUCUAUUUUAAACGAAAGUGCACAAGACUGUCUCAUUUAUCUGUCUUUAUAUUACUAGUUAGGCUUCUUUUCCCAUUUCCUUGAAAUUUCCAGUCACGUGGAAAUGCAUGUUGAUCAUAUUGUUUUUUUUUUGUUUUUUUUUUUUAAUGUUUGUUUUAGUUUUUAAAGACCUUCAGUGUAACAGUACUUAUAAAAAAAACUAAUUAUAGUAGACAUAAUUUGACAUCGAUUUGAAGUUGUGUACACCAUUCAUAUAAAUAAGACAUAGAAUAAGUAGAUACGUCAUAAAAAUUAUUUAAGAACAAAUGUGUGAAGUAUAUCUCUUCUGUAGCUCAAUAUAGCUUUUGGGUAGGAUGAUUAAUAUAUUCUUUGAUUUCUUACUUGGGGCCCGCUGGUCACCACUUCCUGCCUCCACUACGAACACCGGAGAGCCAGAUAUGCCUGAGCAGGAAAUUCUCUUACCUCUCGUAAAUUAAGCCCUGCGUGUCUUAGUAGCUUCUGGCUCCCCGGCAUUCCUAGGGAAGGAAGGGAGCGGCGCUCGGCAGAACUCUGGUAAGAAACUGUUCAAAAGCGUCUCGGCUCUGUACAGUGAGGUGGCACUAGGGCACCCCUGGUACUAUAACAACUACAGCAAGCUCAACUCUUCCCUCCUUCCCUUUUUCUUUUAUAGAAAAGACAGAGAGAAUUUGAAGAAUAUAUCCGAGAUAAGCAUAUUACUGCCAAAGCGGAUUUCAGGACAUUAUUGAAGGAAACAAAAUUUAUCACAUACAGGUUUGUUUGUUUUGCAGUGAACAUCAGCAUUGUUUGGUUUGCUAUAUAAUUAACUUUAAGUGGACUGCCCACUAUUCCUCCUAUUGCUGAUAUAUCCAAUACUUUAUCCAUAUAUAGUUUGAGAUGUCACAUCAUUCAUCAUACUGCAUGUUGUCAUGCUCAUAGCAUAGAAAUACACUUUCUAUAGCUGUGUAUUGAAAUCUUAAGUUUCAGACAAUCACUGGAUGAAACUUGUACAGUAAUGUCUUUUUUUUUAAUUCUUUUUUUUGCUCUACUCCCUAAUGUGCUUGUAUUUUUUUUUUUUUUUAGUAUCUAUUUGCAAAGUAUUUGUACUUAAAGUUUAAUAAAUGGACAUGAAAUGUUUUUUAUUCUAUGUAUUUAUCUGUUUCAUAGCAAUUGCAAGGAAGGCGACACCACAUUUGCAUUAGUCCAUCUAAAGUUUACUAACCCCACUUUUGUUAAUUUUAUCAUUUAUCACAUUUCCCUGGUGUUAUUUAUUUUCUAAGUAUUUUGGCUGCCCGCUAAUGUACAGUAAUAGCCAAUAAUACAUUUCCACCUAUUGUGAAACCACAGCUCCCAAUAUUGUUCCACAGCAACGGAAGGCCCUUGUGUAAGCCAACCCUAAUGCACAAUUCAAAUCUGAGGGACUGGAACAAGAGACAGAAAAGAAAACUUUUUCCCAACAUUUUAGCUUACGGUGCUGCGUGAUAAAUCCUUGGUAAAUUUAUUUAUCAUAUUGUGAGACAAUAUUGGAAAAUAAAGCAUGUUUGCAGCAGAAACCGUAGCUGCCUUUAUUGCAUGUAACAGUCACUUAUUUUUUGGUUUUAGGCCUGUAGUUACUUUAUGUUUAUUAAACAAUAUACUGGCACGUUCGUUGUAAAUAUUUUUUUUAAAUGAUAAUGGUCUUCUUUAACGUGAUGCAGCCACUGCUAUAAAGUCCCCGUUAAAUAUAUUUUUAUUAGGAAUUACUCAUGCAUACAAGAAAACCCUAUAAUCUAUAUCUCCAAACAGAACUUAAUUCAGAGUUCUUCAGCAAUAUAAUGGCCUGUGGUCAUGAUGUAGCUACAAUCUCAUAUCAUAGAGAGGAAUCUCCUCCAAGAGGAUUUAUAACCUGACUAAAGGUUAGUAAUGGACAUUAUUCAUACAUCUACAGUAUGGUAAAUCAAUAAUGACAUUAGAGUUAAUUUAGAGGUACUUGAAUCUGUCAUUAUAAACUGACAGUGCAAUUUUUUUUAAUCAUCAUUCUGAAUGGUGUUUAGCAUCUUCAAACAUACAAAAGGAGGAAAGGUGUUGCCCAUUGAUAUCUUCCUUCCCAACAGCAUCUGAUAAAGUCGUCCUUUCCCCGCCAAACCAUUAUUAACCCAUGAAAAGAAUCAAUCUUCUUUAGCAUUCUAGUAGAUCGGAUUUCAACCUUCUAGGUAUCUCUGAACAGAAAUUUGUGUAUAUAAUUGCUGCUGUUAUCCCCAUUGUCUGGGCUCAAACUUUUCUUUUGCCUACUAGCCAUUGUCAAUUUGAAAUUCAGCCCUGACAAGCCAUACCUCCAGUAGGUGCCAGGCUGUGGGUGACCAGGGACCUGUAUUAAGUGUUACAACGAAAAAUUGUUUAAUACUAUGGAGGAGUAGGUCUCUGGCACUACAAGCAUUUGUUUUUAAAGGACCAGUUUUAACCAGAACUUUAUUAUAAUUAUAAGAAUCCUUGCAGUAUGUAAUUAAAAAUAAAGUAUAUGUAAAAAUACCUGAUAAUGUGGCCUCUACUUUCACAGAACAGUAGAACCGUCAUAUUCAUACACCUUUGGUCGGACUAUGGUAAAAUACGACCAUUGGGCUCCUGCUUUACUCCCUGCUCAGAGUGAUGAUGUCGUCAGCCAAACGAAAUGCGAAAUAUUCCACACACUGUGCAGAAACAAGAGUGCUCUGCCUUAAGUCACUUUUCCCCUGUUAGUAUGUCUAACUGUUGGACUGAGUGCUCUUCUCUGUGCUGUGUACAUUGGCUAAAACAUUGUAUUGUACACAUGCAGGAACAAGAUUUAUGCUCCAUGCUUGCUCUUCAUAAAUCCUGAAUGCGCUCAGAAGAAAUAAGAUUUUAUUUCAGUACACUGUGUAUUAAUUAUAAAGGAACACUUUUUCCUUAUCAAGUUGACAGCCUUAGAGGACAAUGAAGAAAAUGAUAGCAAAGCCAAACGUUCCAGUAGGUUAAAGAAAACUAAAGCGGCAAAUGCAGGAUUUGUUACUAAUUCGGUUCUUAAUAAAUUAAAAUCUAGAUGCUUUCAACUCCUGUUAAAACAGCAUAUGGCCACUUGGUACGCUGUGUUUAGAACUUUUAUUACUCUGAACUGUAUUACAUUUUUUUCUGGUGGGAGGUUCCCUCUUUGUAAGCUUGUUUGUAGCCAGAUAAAGGGUCCUGAAGUUAAGCCAUUGAUCCUUAUAAAUUUGUAGGUGUAGCGAUUCUGUGCCAGCAUAAGACGUGCCUUCCUGCAGCAUGGAGAGUUCAAAUGCUUUAGGUGGGAAAUCACUUAAUCACACAUACUUAACAGUAUUUUUAAGGCAUUACCCAUCAAUAGGAAGUGUAGGGUAUCCUGGAAAAUAUGAUUCUGGCAAUCCUACUCCUGUAAUACAAUUUUAUAUAUAUAUAUAUAUAUAUAUAUAUAUAUAUUUUUUUUUUUUGUUUAAUGAUAUUGCACAAACGUUGGCUCCUGUUGUGCUUUAGUCACAAUCAUAUUCUACUGCUUCAACUUAUGACCUUGUCUGUUUCAAUAUCACUGAUUUAAUUGCACUUCCUUUACAGAUCUAAAAAGUUGGUCCAGGAGUCCGAUCAGCAUUUAAAGGAUGUUGAGAAGGUUUUGCAAAAUGACAAACGAUAUCUAGUACUUGACUGCAUUCCUGAAGAGAGACGUAAACUUAUUGUAUCCUAUGUAGAUGAUCUUGACCGACGUGGCCCUCCUCCACCACCAACAGCCUCAGAGCCUGCAAGGAGGUCCACAAAGUGAUCACACAAUACUUUGAACAAACUGGUAUUUGUCCACUCGUACUAACUGCAUGAGCCACCUGCCAUGUUUAUAUCGGUUGAUUCUACUGAAACCAACUACAAAAUCUGUGAGGAAAAAUAGUUUAAAAAAAAGAAAAGAAAAAGUCAAAUACAUAAACUCAAGGAGCAAAAAUGAGCAACAACAGCCUCGGCAUAUAUGAACAGGAAAUGGUUAUCUUUACAACAUUAUGGAGUUGUAACCUAGUGUUUGUGUAUCACAGCUGUCAUAUUUGCUUGAUUCGCUUGUUUUUUAUCUCUCCCGACAUUCAUCAAGUAAGGUCUUAUCUAUGCCGAUCCUCAUGUACGGUAUGUCUGUACCUCAAUUACGUUCCAUUCAAAUACUUUUUAAAUGUCCAUUUAGAAAAGACUUAUCAACAUGUAUUAUUUAAGCAAUGAAAAAUAGGUGUUCAUGAGAGUAUUUGACAGACAUAUCCUCCUGAAGGAGCAGGCACUGUGUUCCUGUAUAUUGACCUGCUUGAGCUCCAAAGAUUGAGCCUUUAGAUCAGGUGUAGAUUAUUCUCAAGCCCACUUUAAGAAUAUUCUAUGAGUUCUAGAUCACCCUUUCUCCAGGAAAUGUUUCCGACUAGUUAAGACAUUAGUGAGAGGCCUUCAUCCUUUGCUUCCAGUCCUAACUGGUAGCAAGUUUCUUGUAUGAACGAUUUGUUUCAUUAUUUUUUAAGGUUUCAUUUUCCCCCCCUUUUUUUUUUUUUUUUUUUAAAGCCAUAAAGUGGUCUUAGUUAUUUUUGGAAUAGAGGGGAGAGUUACUCAUGAGGGUAGGUCUUGUUAAAUUGUUUGCUCCAUUUUGAAUGAUCUUGUGUUUCUAAGGUUUUAAUUUUAAAAUGUUGGAUUUGUUCAGUUUAUGUAUUUGAACACAAUAAACCCUUUUUAUAUAUGUGGAUUGCAAAUGACUGCUAAAUGUGUUUGCCACACUAAAUUCCAGUUGCUUUUACAUUUUAAACUGUAAAUACUGUGUUUUUGGAAGUCCUAUCAAACCCACUAAUGGGUGUACAUAUUUUGUAUUUUUGGGUGCUGCCAUUGCUGCCAUCCCAGUUGUAUGUAUAUAUUUUUUUAACCGACAAUGAUAUGAAGAACAAUAGUCAAGAUCACCAAGAAUUACUGAAAAAUGUGGUAUAUAGCACAGAAAAAUAACAGAGGCCAUUGUUAUAUAUUAUAGAUGGGUUUUUUUCUGUCAACUUGUUUCUCAUUGUUCAUAAUGAAAAGUAUUCACCCUUAGUGGUGGCAGCAAC